AUGUCAAACUGGUCGAUUGUUUACUAUGAUGAAGGAUGGGCUUAUAUGCAAAAGGGUAUUAAGAAGCUUCUACAAGGCUUGCCCAACCCUCACUUCACUUCUGAAGAUUCUUUAAUGUUAUAUACGAAUGUCUACAAUAUGUGCCGUCAAAAGCCUCCUCAUGACUAUUCCAAAGAACUAUAUGAACAGUACAAUGAAACAUUUAAAGAUUACAUCAAAUCAACUGUUCUGCCAUCUUUGCGAGAAAAGAAAGAUGAACUCUUGUUAAGAGAUUUGCUCAAAAGAUGGUCAAAUCACAAAAUUAUGAUCGAGUACAUUUCAUUUUUUUUUAGUGAUGUUGAUAAAAAAUUUACCCGAAUACGGCAACUACCUUCUCUUGAAAAAGUCGGCUACUUAUCCUUCUAUUCCUUGGUAUAUGAUGAGAUGCAAAGACAAGUAAAAAAUGCAAUAUUAGCUAUGAUUGAUCGGAAACGUGCAGGAAAAUCUAUUGAUGAAAAUUUGGUUACUGACGUGUUGACAUUCUACUCAGAGAUUGGAGAAAAACUAGAAAAAGAUGAACUAAAACACUUUGCACAAACAAUUAUUAAAGAGAAUGCAAUUAUGCGGGCGGCUUCAAAUUAG